UUCGGGCGAACUACGUCCAUCAUAGCUAUCAACUAUUAUUUUGCAUGCUUGAAAGCAGACAUAUUGUACGCACGUGUCAUCAAACUAUUAUUUUAAAUGCUUGAAAGCAGACAUAUUGUAUGCAUGUGUCACGAGAGAGAAAAUACGAAUCUCGGCGUACAAGUGUAAACAUUUCUUAGAUUUCUUUCUUUGUUGUGAUAUUAGCACGUUACAAUAAUACGGUAUCAUCAAUAAACGAAAAUUUUUCAGUAGAAAAUACUUUGGCAAAUAAUUCGACAAACUAGGUCAAUAUGAAUAUUCUGAAAUCGGGUUGGUUCAGCGAAGUAAGCGAUCUUUGGCCUGGCUUAGCACUCUCGUUGAAGGUAGAAGAAGUUCUGCAUUCCGAGCGUUCUCAAUUUCAAGAAAUCUUGGUAAUAAAAACAAAAGCACAUGGAAGAGCCUUAAUACUCGACGGCGCAAUACAAUGUACAGAGAAAGACGAGUUUUCUUAUCAUGAGAUGAUAUCAUACUUGCCACUCUGCAGCCAUCCUAAGCCUAAAGACGUCUUGAUAGUCGGAGGUGGCGAUGGUGGAGCUGCUCGAGAAAUUGCGAAACAUCCAGAUGUAGAGCGCAUCACAUUAGUGGACAUUGAUGACAGAGUUAUCGAAGUGUGCAAGGAAUAUUUGCCUCGCUUGAGUCUUGGUUUUAGUAAUCCUAAAGUAACUGUUUUUGUUGGCGAUGGCUUCGAAUUUCUGAGAAAUCACCUUGGAGAAUUCGAUGUUAUUAUCACUGACAGCAGUGAUCCUAUAGGUCCUGCUGAGCAUCUUUUUAAGCAACCGUACUACGAAUUAUUGAGAGCAUCAUUGAAACCUAAUGGAAUCAUUGCCAGUCAAGCUGGCACGGCAUGGGAGAGCAUGCAACAAGUCCAAAGCACAUUCCAACAUUGUAAAACAGUGUUUCCCGUCGCCACCUACGCAGUAACAGCUGUACCGACAUAUCCCACUGGUCAAAUCGGUUUUGUCUUGGGAAGCUUAGACAGCCGAACAAAUUUCGCAGAACCGAUGAGGAUAUUCAGUGAUGAAGAUCUCGAUCAAAUGGAAAUGAAAUAUUACAAUGAUAAAGUACAUCGGGCUGCUUUCAUUUUACCAAGAUUCGUGGAAAAAGAGUUACAAGUUGCUCAAAGUACUAACUAAAUAAAGUAUUUAUUUCAAAUAUUUAAUUUUAAUUUUUUAAUAG